AUGUCCAAGCUCGUCUCAAGUGCUCAGAAGGCUCACUUGAAAGAAUUGGCUCAUAAAUAUGCACAUACAUUGAAAUUGCCAGUAACUGAUUUCCCCAAAAGAUCAAAUCAUGAUUUAAAUAUUAAAGAUCUUAUACCCAGAUCUUCUCAAAUUUUAUAUAAAGAUCAACUAAAUAAGAAACCAGUGGAUAAAGAUGUAUUCAUUCUACAUGAUGGACCUCCUUAUGCUAAUGGUGAUAUUCAUAUUGGUCAUGCAAUGAAUAAGAUCUUGAAAGAUUUCAUAAAUAGAUAUAAUUUAAUCCAAGGGAAACAAAUAUAUUAUAAACCAGGUUGGGAUUGUCAUGGAUUACCUAUUGAAUUGAAAGCUCUUGAGACAAUUGCUAAAAAGACUAAAAAAGAUCCUUCAAUGACAUUAUCUGUGCAAGAAGUCCGUAAAAUCGCAAGAGAUCAUGCAACAAAGACAAUUUCAUCACAAUUAGAAUCUUUUAAAGAAUUUGCUAUCCUAACAGAUUUUCAACAUAAUUAUAAAACUUUGAAUCAUAAUUUUGAAAUUAAUCAAUUGAAAAUAUUCCAAAAGAUGUUAGAAAAAAAUUUAAUAACAAGACAGAAGAAACCUGUUUUCUGGGGUUGUGAAACUCAUACAGCUUUAGCUGAAGGUGAAUUAGAAUAUAAUGAUCAGCAUCGUUCUGUUGCUGCAUAUUUAAACUUUCCACUGUUGGAGACUACACCAGAACUACAAAAAAUCAUUGAUGAAAAUGGUUUACAAAACGUUCAUGCCUUAAUUUGGACUUCAACUCCAUGGACAAUUGCUUCAAAUAAAGCCAUUUCAAUUAAUGAAAACUUGGAAUAUACAUUUGUUCAAACAGAUGAUAGCAAAACAUUAAUAAUUGCUGAUAGUUUAAGCUCAAAUAUUUUGGGAAUGAAAUUAGGUAUGAAACCAACAGAUAUUAAAUUCCCAGGUUCAAUUUUAUCAAAUUCGAAAUAUUUACAUCCAAUUAGCAAUGAAACUAAUCCAAUUAUUCAUGGUGAUCAUGUUAUUGACAGUGCAGGUACAGGUCUUGUUCAUACAGCUCCAGGUCAUGGUAAUGAAGAUUAUUUUGCUUGUUUAAAACAUGGUAUUGAAGCAUUCUCCCCAGUUGAUCAAUUUGGGAAAUAUACAAAUGAAUUACCAAAAGGUUUUGAAACUUUAAUUGGUAAAAGAGUUUUAGGUGAAGGUGGUAAAUUAAUUUGGAAUUUAUUUUAUGAUAAAGAUAUGGUUUUCUCUAAGCAAGAUGAUUAUAUUCAUUCAUAUCCUUAUGAUUGGAGAUCUAAAAAGCCAAUUAUUAUUAGAGCUACUCCACAAUGGUUUGCAAAUGUUGGUAAGAUUAAAGAUGAUGCUAAGGAUUCAUUGGACGAUGUUAAAUUUGUUCCUGAAAAUGGUAAGAAUAGAUUAUCUGCAUUUAUUAAUAAUAGAAAUGAAUGGUGUAUUUCAAGACAAAGAAGUUGGGGUGUUCCAAUUCCUGCGUUAUAUUCCAAAUCAAAUGAAAAUGUUGUACUCUUAGAUGAUGUCACCAUAACACAUAUCAUUAAUAAGAUUGAUGAAUUAGGUACAGAUGCUUGGUUUGAAGAAGAAUCAAACGUUUCAAGAUGGUUACCAGAUUCAAUGAAAGAUAAAGGUGAUGAAUAUUAUAAAGGUAAAGAUACAAUGGAUGUUUGGUUUGAUAGUGGUUCAAGUUGGACAGAAAUUCAAGAUUUUUUACAAAAAAACGGAAUCGAACGUGAUACUUUAGCUGAUGUUUAUUUAGAAGGUUCUGAUCAACAUAGAGGUUGGUUUCAGUCUUCAUUAUUAACCAAAAUUGCAACAAGUGAUUCCUCUAGACCAAAUGCUCCAUAUAAACAAAUUGUUACUCAUGGGUUUACAUUAGAUGAAAAGGGACAAAAAAUGUCAAAAUCAAUUGGUAAUACCAUUUCACCUCAUGAUGUUAUUAAAGGUGGUAAUAAAUUACCUGCUUCUGGUGUUGAUGGUUUAAGAUUAUGGGUUGCACAAUCUGAUUAUACAGGCGAUGUUCUUGUCGGGCCAACUAUCUUGAAACAUGUUGGUGUUCAAUUAAAGAGAAUUAGAAAUGCAUUUACAUUCAUGUUGGGAAAUUUGAAGGAUUUUGAAAAAUCUGAUUCAGUAAACUAUAAGGAUUUGAAAAAAAUUGAUAAAUAUGCAUUAAGUAAAUUAUAUGAUUUAGAAAAAGAAGUUAAUCAACAUUAUAAAGAUUUGAAUUUCAAUCGUGUUACACAAACAAUUUAUCAUCAUAUGAAGACUGAAUUAAACGCUAAAUAUUUUGAUAUAAUUAAAGAUAGAUUAUAUGCAGAUGAUCCAAAUGGAAUUUCACGUCGUUCUGCACAAACUGUCAUUUCUCAAAUCUUACAAACCUAUUUAUCAAUACUUUCCCCAUUAUCACCAGUUUUAACUCAACAAGUUUGGGAUUAUUCACCAAAUUGGUUACAAGAUUCAAAUAAUUCACCAUUUAACAAAGGUUGGUUUAAAAUAGACGAAAAAUUCCAUAACACAGAAAUUGUUGAUGAAUUUGCAAAUGUUUGGUUAAUUCAUAAUGAAGUAAAUCAAUUGAUGGAGAAUGGACGUAAGAAUGAUAAUUUUGGUAGUUCAUUAGAAACUGAUAUUAUUAUAAACGGUGAUGGUAAAAUAAUUGAAGCUUUAAAGCAACAUUCAGAUGAAUUAGCAGAUUAUUUUGUUGUUUCUCAUGUUCAUUUCCAAAAAGAUGUUACAAAGGAUGAAUGGAGUUAUUCAAAUACUGUUAACAUUGAGAAUGAAUCAAUUUCUAUCUCUGUUAAUCCUUCAUCAAAAGCUAAAUGUCCAAGAUGUUGGGUUUAUAGUUCUGAAAGUGUUGAAGAACUUUGUAAAAGAUGUGAUGAUGUCCUACAUGAACAUAGCUAG